AUGGCGCCCAACUUCAAGUCCCGGCUGAACCUCCGCCAAGGUCUCGAUCGCGACGUCUACCAGAUCAUCAAGAAACUCGAAGAGGCCAAUGACGGCAAGCCGUUCAAGACCAUCACUGCCGCCUACGAUGCCAUCAAGCGGUCCAACUCGAGCCUCAGCAGGCAAAAGAAGCGUCCUCUCGAAGACUCCAUAGAACGGGUCCUGCAAUUCCGCAAGGAGGAACUCGAAGAAUCGGAAGACUCCGAAGCCGCUAUCGAGGAAGCCGAGUCGAAAAAGGUCGACGACGAUCGAUUCCUGCUCAAUCGCCAGUUGACAAAGCACUGGCAAGUCGAGCCGGUAUCUCAGGGCACCUCCGAACAGCCUGCGGCCAAGAAACGACGGAUACAGACCGAGGGCGACGAGAGAGAUGGCGCAGUCAGUGGCCCCGACACCGGCACCGAGGCGGCAAUGAACGGAGACACGGCCAAAGAUGCAACAAGGGGUGCCGACAGACUCGACAAGACGGCCCCGAAAAAGUCACCCAAGUCUACCCGAUUCAGGGUCGAGCAACCGGAGGAGCCACUGCCCUUGGGAGGCGUUGGCGAGAUGCACCGUCACCUGCUGCGUCAAACGCGAUAUCUGCUGAGGUGCCCAGAGCUCUACAAGGGAAAUGGCUGGAGGCGAGUGCCCGGAAUGCUGCUGUUCGGCCCUCCAGGGACCGGAAAGAGGUCGCUCAUCCGCACAGUUGCGGCCAAUCUCGAUGUCCCGAUCAUAACCGUCAAUGGCUGUCUUGAGGAUCCCGAACGCGUGGAGAAGAGCUUGGCGGAAGCUUUUGACGCCGCCAUCGGGCUGGCCCCGAGCAUCGUGCUCAUCGAGGACCUGGACUGGCAUAUACCGAAGCCGGGCGGCUCCAACCACAACGAGCACGGCCGAAAGGUGCUCAAUCACUUUGCACGGCAGAUGCAACGAGUCCAACAAGAACAGGCCAACGUCUUGGCCAUGGCGACAACAUCAAGGCUGGCCGAUGUCGACCCCGUUGCGCUGGAGGCUGGCCUUUUUGAGAGGACAAUUCAGAUGAGGGUGCCGGACCAGGACGCUCGGCAUGAUAUACUCAAGGUUGUCACGCGAGAAAAGAUACUAGCCGACAGUCUAGAUCUGGAGGAAGUAGCCAAGAUGACGCACGGUUUCGUUGGCGCAGACAUUAUCAUCAUCACAACACUGGCGGAACAGGCGGCACAGGAGCGAAUCCUCAACUCAGAGGAUCCGGAUGGGCGACAGCUGGAGAUCCUCACUCGACCUCCCCGCAGAGACCAGAUGGAGGUGUCCGACAUCUCACUAGAUCUAAAACAGCCCGCAUUCGAAACACUGCCCAUUGAGCCGCUGACACUCGACGACUUCCGCCUCGCCAUCAAGGGCUUCACGCCGUCCCUGCGCAGAGAGGGCUUCACCGUCAUACCCAGCGUAACCUGGGACCAGGUCGGCGCGCUGGAAAAGGUCCGCGAGCAGCUUCACAUGUCCAUCAUCGGCCCCAUCAAGAACCCGGAGCUGUACCAGGAGUUUGGUCUCCGCCGCCCUGCCGGCGCGCUCCUCUGGGGCCCUCCCGGCUGCGGCAAGACGCUCGUGGCCCAGGCCGUCGCCAACGAGGCGCAGGCGUCCUUCAUCCUCAUCAACGGCCCCGAGCUGCUCAACAAGUACGUCGGCGAGUCGGAGCGGGCCGUCCGCGAGCUCUUCCAGCGCGCGCGCUCGUCGACGCCGUGCAUCCUCUUCUUCGACGAGAUCGACUCCCUCGUGCCGCGCCGCGACAACGCCUCCACCGACGCCGGCGUCCGCGUCGUCAACGCCCUGCUGACGGAGCUCGACGGCGCCCAGGACCGGUCGGGCAUCUACGUCAUGGGCACGACCAACCGGCCCGACAUGAUUGACGCGGCCAUGCUGCGCCCGGGCCGUCUGAGCGUGCGCCUCUUCGUCGACCUGCCCACGCCCGACGAGCGCGUCGACAUCCUCCGCGCCAUCUACAAGACGGCCCACGCCAGCGCCUCCGAGGCCGAGCUCGCCCGGCUGCCCGCCGUCGCGCUGGACCCGCGGUGCAACGACUUUAGCGGCGCGGACCUCGGCGGCCUGCACAUCAAGGCGGCCGAGUGCGCGCUCCGCAAGUUCAUGCUGGGCAAGAAGACGGCGAGGGAGAUUGACGAGGAGGACUGGGAGUAUGCGCUGGAGAACACGCGGUGCAGCGUGCUCAACCCGGAGUCGUACAGGAAGCUGGAUCGGAAGCUGGGCAAGGGGGAGUAG